AUGGAUAAAUUCACACAGGAAUACCUUGACAGUUUCUACCGUCCAUACUUCGAGUGGGACCCUAUUUUUAAGAGCGGAAACUUAGAAAUAGAUGAGGAUAGACAUACCUGCACCUGCAAAAACCUAAUUCAAACUGGAAAUCAAUUCAAGUCAGUACUUGGGACAGAGAAAUUUGAAUUAGGACAGAAGUACUACUUCGAAGUCUAGAUGACACAUGGAAAAAAUUUCAAAAUUGGAAUUGCUACUAGGUACUCUCAGAUGGAACAAGCCUUUUCUGACAGUAUCUACGGAUGGGCCUACUACUCAGGAGGCUAACUCAGACACAACUCAGGUGGAGAUGGUGCAAAAUAUGGUGAACCCUAUGGUCAGAAUGCAGUGAUAGGGGUAUACGUCGAUAUGGUCGUCGGCAGAAUCUUCUUCUCUAAGGACGGGAGAGUUUUCGGCUCAGCCUUCGAGGAACCCAAAUUCCUCGAGAUGGAACUUUACCCUGCAUGCUCCUGCUUCAAUCCAGGUGAGCAGUUUCAAUUGAAAAUGCUUAUGCCAGAGGAUUGA